AUGUUCGGCGGUUUCUCUCAGAGUGAUAAUUUAAUUUUCGUUCAAGCCAACGUUAAAACCUUAUGCGGAGACGAAUUUCGCCAGCAGCGGAAAGUGAAACUCGACGAGGAAGGAAGUUUUCUGGCGGUUAUUCGACCCGUCAUAGUUCUUGGCCAGUCUUUUGGGAUUUUCCCCGUUCUGGGAUAUGGCAGAGCACGAGCGAGUGAGAUACACUUUAGAGUAUUUUCGGCGAGGAUGCUGUAUUCGCUGCUCAUGCAGAUUGGCGGGAUGAUAAUGUCCUGCUUCUCACUGGCUACCCUGUGGACAGCUGGAGUGAAGUUUUCAAAAGUUUUGUCCUCGGUAUUUUUCACGACCAACCUUUGCAUAAGUUUGAGCUUCACAGUGCUCGCCCGUCGCUGGUCGGGAUUGAUGAUAGAAUGGGAAAAUACCGAGCAAAGUCUUCCGCAGAGACCACAGCUUUCCGCCAGCAACAGAAAGGUACGCCGGAAAGUCAUAAUCAUUAUGUCAGUUUUGAUGACAACAGCUCUCUUUGAGCACGCUCUCUCGAAACCAUCCGGCUACUACAGAGCGUUGGAAUGCGGAAUAACUGAUCCAUUGGAGGCGAAUUUGAUGCAGGCUUUUCCGGAGAUGUUUUCUUUCAUCCCAUUUAAUGUUUACGUUGGUUUUAUCGCACAAAUUGUAACCACCUUUCUUACUUUCUACUGGAACUAUGUCGAUCUGUUUGUGGUUGUGAUCAGUAUAGGCCUGCGGCAGAAUUUGAAACAUGUUAACAAUAUUAUCCUGGAUGCAAAAACUAAGUAUCACUUGGAUUCGUUCUGGCAUGACCACUGGAAGCACUACCAACGAGUUUGUGAGCUCGUGCAUCUGUUCAAAACGAAAAUUGCGUUUUUUGUCGUAAUAUCUUGUGCUAAAAAUUUAUUCUUCAUUUGUGUCCAACUGGUUGGGUUAGUGAGACCAUACCCAGAGGUUGUAGUGGUAAUUUACGUCUGGUAUUCGCUUGCUCAUUUAAUAACUAGAAUGAUACUAGUGGCAGCAUACGCAGCUGCAAUCCAUGAUGAAUCCAAGAGAAUUUUACCGCUGUUCCAUGUCAUUCCGACGAAAUACUAUAGUAAAGAGAUAGAACGGUUCCAUGAACAGGUAGAGAAUGACACAAUUGCCCUUUCAGGCUACGGAUUUUUCCACCUCACCAGGAAGCUGAUACUAAAGAUAUCCGCUACGAUCGUUACAUAUGAGUUGGUUUUACUGCAGCUGAACGAGGCCGAGGAAAGACAGGGUCACCCAAAUCCGUGCAAUUAA